AUGAUGUUUAUUGCAUUUGCAUUAUUUUCCAGCUUUAUUCUCAGCACACACGCUGUGACGCUGGAAGAGGGACUUAAGAACCCUUCCAAAUAUGUUCGUUAUGACACAGCUCCUAAUAAUACCUGGAUUCAUGCUCUGAUUUCUCUUUGCAUAACAUACGGUACGCUUACCGGAUUUAUACUCUGCAUACACCUAGUGGUAUACCUUUCAGGAUCAAAGAAGAAUCGUCGUUCUGCUUGA